AUGGAAACUCAUUUGAAGUACUUAGAAGAGCUAAGUUUAGCAAUCAAGGAUUCAAUAAAACGUCAAGAAAAUGAAGAUCCAAUUUCAGAUACUAAUCAGUUUCCUCCAUAUAAAUCGAACGAAAAUGGUAUGGGAGAUUCAAAAAGUUUAAAAGUCUUAAAUACGUUACUAGCUAGUCUUAAAGACACACGACCACUAAACCCACUUAAUAAAAACGACGAAGUAUUUGCAAAAUGUUUGCAGGUUAUUGAUCUAUUAUUUCAAUCGAGACCUUAUUUAAUUUACAAAAUGAUUAUUAGCUUUUGUAACGAAAUCCUUGAUAUAUCUUUACUUAACUUUGACAAUAUUCAUCGAUUAUGGCUAUUGAGAUUGAAGAUUGGAAAUGCAUGCAAGUAUGCUUAUGCUAUGUAUGGAUAUACAAUGAAGUUUAAAAUUUCAGAAUAUUUGUUUAGCAUUGUCAAUACCAAUGAAAACACAUUAAAAACUGCUUUAAAUGGAAAUUGUUUAGAAAGUGAUUUUAUAACUUCUUUAAGGAAACUUUAUAUUUUAAGUUAUUGGUUCUGUUCCUCAUCUUCCAUCUUUGGUAAAUCUCUCAGCUUUCUAGAUUCCUCUUUAGGGACAGAUUCUUGGAAAUCUUAUUUUCAAAGUAUAUUAAGAUUUGUUAUGUAUAUUUUAGAUUCAGUUCACAUUCCUUCGCUCUUAAUAGAACUACAAGUCAUCCGUGUACGAUUUUUAUCAGUAGCUGUUACAAUGUUAUCGAGAACAACUUUAUCUAUCGGGGAUGAUCCUUACCUACCAUUUUCUGAUGAUCUAAAAUAUGUCUUAUCCCAAUUACUUAAAUUCCUUUCGAAUAAUCAACAACCGUUUUCUUAUGGAGAUGAAAUCAUUGCUAAAUGCUUGUAUCGAACAUAUAUACUUUGUACCUCGCAUCAAAAAAAUACUGGUGAUACUGUAAAAUUCUACGAAUUCUUUAAUAGCAAUUUUCCAAUAUCUCAAUUUUUGAAUUACGAAAAAAUUUCAAGCAUAGAAAUAGAUAUGUUUCCAUUCAGCUAUCACACAAAUAAGGCAUUACUCCUACUGUAUUUUGACAUUCAUAGGAGAUCUGCCGAUGAAUCAUUAUUAAAAUUUAAUAAAACAACAAAAAUUUGGAGCUUUGAACCGGAAGGUGAUGAAAUACUGAAUAGUAUAAGGGUUCAUAAUCCUAUUGGUAUUGAACAAAAACAGUUGGAAAAUCUCCAUCAGUCGAUACUUCAUGAUUUUAAAAUGCCUUUUACAGGCUAUACGCUAAAAACUUCGCUUGCUAGACUUCCCAUUGAUGUUCCUUCGAAAGCCUUUUCAAGUUGGAAUGAUACCUUUAAAUUUUUAUCCAAGGAGCUCUCAGCUGCAAUCUCUAAUAAUUCACUAAAAAGGCAACUUCAAAUUUUAAAUAUACUUGGAAAGAUAUCUUGCUGUGAAGGUUAUCAUUUGAACUGGACAACUAAUUUUAGUUCAUGGGAUUUAUGUCCUAUUUGCGACUCUAAUAAUGACAGAAACAUAUUCAAUGACAUUUCACCCAAUAGGCCACCGGCAAUUUUAAAAUCAGAAAUUUACAAUUUAGUAAGCGAGUCAUACUUUGUUGAUAAAUCUACAUUAGAAACGGAUGAGAUUCUUUUUGCUAGCAUAUUAACUUGCUUAAGUAGGAUAUUUGUACACUUCCAGCCACCUAUAUUGACAAAUUCCGAAGAUCAAGUUGAAUUCAAUGAUACUACAAUUCGUUCUAAUGAAAAUGCAAAUGUAUUUGGGCUAAUUGCGAUAGCUUUCAGAAGUUCAAACCGUUACAUUAGGAUCUUAGCGAGUAAAAUCAUUCCAUUAUGGAAUAUUACACCAAUCAACAACUUUGAAGCAAAACAAAUGCAAUUACUCCUACAAUUUUUGAACCAAAAUUUCUCAACAAAUAUUACGGAGACCUGGUUAUAUACAUGGACCAACUUAACACUAACUACGUCUGGAGAACGUUUUAAUUCGUUAAUUCUUAAAUUAAUUGAUAUUUUUAACUCAAAUGAAUUUUCAGUAUAUUCAGGAAUGUCUUUUCAAUUUAGAACACUUACACGAAUCUUGCACAGAACUCCAUCUCAAUUACUUUCUCAAAAUUUGCCAUUUUUGCUAAAGCAAUACUCUAAAAAUUUGAAGGAAAGAAAAGUUUCUUUUGAUAAAUUAAUUAACCUUCUAGGAUUUCCAGCAAAUACUGUUCUGGAUAUUUAUCAAAGUUACAUUAUACCAUAUGCAAUUAUUCAACAUGAUACUGAUGUAUUUGGAGAAAUAGCUAGAAUAAUGUGUGAAGCCAAUGGCCGACCAAUAAACGAGCAGAAAUAUAUUUUAUUAGAAAAAAAUAGCAGAGAAAUUUUUGCAGUAGCAUUGGUAAAAUAUUCGUUUUUUAAGAUACCCCUCAUCAAGACCUUGUUUACUAAUCGUCUCCCAACGUUUGAUACUGAUAUUGUUAAUACAGGUCUUUUCGACUUCCAAACAUUUGCAGAAGUUUUGAAAUUAUAUAAAAAUGAAGAAAAUAAACAUGAAGUUAAUGAUAAUAAUGAAGCUAUUAUUAAGCGAAGCCUGAGAUUCAUUUUAACGAGGAUAGAUUGUGGGACAAUAUCGGAUACUGCAAAAAAUUCUAUAUGGUCAAAAGAGCUAGAAAUUAAGUAUCAGAAUCAACUAAAGAAUGUUAUUUUGGGAGUGUUCCAAAUAUUUUCUGUUGGGUUUCAUGAUAUGGAAGGCAGAAAUUCAUUUUUUGAACAGGAGAGAGUGAUAAAUGGUAUAUCAUAUUUAUUGUCAAAUACUUCAAAAGAAACAAUCAUUUCUGCCUUAGCACAAAUAAGUAUAUGUCUUCAAAAUGGUUUGGAAAUUGAAGAAAUUCGCCUGAAGUCUAUGGCGUGCUGGAUCAAAUUGUUAAAAAGUCUUUCUGAUGAAGAACUAUCUACCGUUAUAAAUGAGCCAGUUUCGUUUAUAUUUUAUAAAUGGAGCUCUUUUACGCCAAAAGAAAGGCAGAGCGCAUAUGAUAUUCUAAAUGAAUUAGUUAAUAACCAUUCAGAUUUGGUUUUUAAAAUAAAACCUAGUUUAAUGCUUACUAUUACCAACCAUCCAGAAGUUGAUAUGCUGACAAAAAAUGGAGAGUUUGCGAGAAAUUUAAAAAAUAAUAUUAACAAUAUAAAUUGGAUACCUAUUUUAGUGGUAUCGUUGCACACUAAUAAUAAAUAUGUCAUAAGCGAAAGUUUGAAUGACUUAGAAAUUUAUUUAACCAAAAAUAUGUCAGGUCAAGAACUAGCGAUACUGUCAAAAUCCGAGAAUGGAACUAACUUGGCAGACCUCUUAGGAGCCCUAAUAAACGUUUCUUCGAAAUAUAAAAAUAUUAAUGAUGAGCUAUGUAAACGAGCUGCUAUUUGUAUAGGAAUGAUUGGUGUUUUAGAUUUAUCUGUAUAUCAUACUAAUAGAAGUGUGUUAAAUGAAAUUAAAAUUUAUGAUUUGGAUGAUGAAAAGCAAACAAUAAAGUUCCUAAUUUGGGUGCUGAAUGAUAUUUUAGUACCACUCUUUUGGAAAUCAGAAAAUCCCCAGAAGCAAUUGUUUGCAGCAUUUGUUAUGCAGGAGUCCUUAAAAUAUUGUGGAUUGAGUUGUAGUCCAGAUGAUGUUUCUAAUCCUGAAGAAGAUCCUUUAAAGGCUGAUUUAUGGAACCAAUUUAAUACAAUAUCAAAGACAACUCUUUAUCCCCUUCUAUCUUCUUUAUACCUGGCCCAAUCAUGGUCAAACUAUGAGUCGCUUGUAUAUCCUACUAACAAAUUUAAGGAGGGCUACACCAUCUGGAUUAGGAGCCUUACAUUGGAUCUACUAAAAAUAAGUACGAAUGAAUCACAUCCCCUUCAUGUAUUUUCAUCAUUAAUAAGAGAGGAUGACGGAAGUAUAUCACAAUUUUUAUUACCGUAUAUAUGCAUGAACAUUAUGAAAAAAGCUGAAAAAAAUAACGAAUUUGAAAUAAUAUUGCACAAUAUUGAGAGAGAAUUUGCAAGUAUUUUCAAUUAUACGUUGACUAAUUUAAACCAUUUACAAUUAGACUCCAUGAGAUCUUGCUUCAAUGCCAUCUUUAGAGUUAUAGAAUAUUGCAAAAAAUGGGUAACAUGGUUUAAAAAAGAGUACUGGAAAAUUCAUGAUUCUCAUGUUAUUAAAGAGACUAAAACUAAUGCGAUGCUUCAACGAAUAGAAACAUUCAUUGAUAGUAUUCCUGCUGAGGUUUUGGCAACGAAAUCCUUAGCAACAAAUGCCUUUGAACGAUCCGCCCUAUACUUAGAACAGUCAUUCAGACAAAAGAGUGCAAGUAAUGUCGAUACAAGCCAAGAAUUAGCUUUCUUACAAAAAACAUAUGCUGAAAUUGGUGAUCUUGACUCAGUUGACGGAAUGUUAAAGGUAUUUUCUACAAAUAGCCUUUCUUCAAAAAUAGAAGAAUUGCAAUAUUCUGAUAGCUGGGAAAUUGCACAAGAUUGUUAUAAGAUUCUAGGUGAAUUUUCUUAUGAUGCUCCUACCACGACAAAAAUGUUGAAAAUCAUGUAUGAUCAUCAAAACUAUUUAGAUGUUCUGGAAAGUUUAGAUACUUUACCAAGCACCAUACACUCUAAAUGUCAUAAUGAUUAUAUCAAUUGGGUGUCUAUUGCAAUGGAAAGUGCGAACUUGGAAGGUAAUUUAAAAUAUAUUGUAAAUUGGGUAGAACGUAUUGAAAAUAUUCCAAAUAUCACUGAUCUCGAUGUCAUAUUCCAUUAUAAUAUUGGCAAAAUUUUACUAUCAAUUCAAAAAAAUCAGAAUACAAGAGCAUUAUCAUACAUUCAAAGAUCUUUUUCUCUUUUGGGAUCCCACUUUAUAUCAUCAUCUACUUCAAUGACUUCUGCUAAAAAGGAAAAUUUGUUAUUAAAAUUGCACGGACUCUUUGAUAUUUCUUUGUUAGUAAACUCUACUGGUGAGUUAUCAUUUGAUGAUUGUAUUUCAACUAUCAAUCAUAGAAAAAGAAGAAUUGGCGUGGAUUUUUCAUCCAACUAUUACGUUCUUUCUUUACGAAAGUCAUUUGAUUCAAUGAAAAAUCAGAAAUUAACUCAAAAAGACCUUAUCAAGACACAUUUAGAUAUUGCAAAAUUGAGUAGAAAUAAUUCCAGAGUCACUAUUGCAUCCCAAGCAUUGAUGCAUUGCAUCAAGAAUGGUCAUGCUCAAGCAGAAUUAGAGUUUGCUGAAAUUUUAUGGAAACAAGGUGAAAAUGAUAGAGCAUUAAAAUUAGUUAAAGAAAUUCACACAAGAAACAAGAGUAACCCAGAUGUUAGUAGCUCAGAUAAAGCUGCCAUUUUACUAAAAUAUACUGAAUGGUCAUAUCUUUCUAAUAGUGCACCAUCCACACAAAUAAUCAGGCAAUACAAGCAAAUAGAAACUUUAACUGACUCGCUAGAUAAACUAUAUUAUUCAAUGGGACUUUACUAUAGUAGAUUGUUGGAAAGGAAGAAUUUAGAGGGGUACUCUACCAAGGGAUCAUUAGAAUAUCAUUCCGUAAAAUACUUUUUAUUGGCUUUUCAGAAAAAUACUGUUAAAAUUCGUGAAACUCUCCCAAAGGUUGUAACGUACUGGUUAGAUACUGCAGAUAUUGCUAUGUCAGCUUCUAAAUCCAACCCCAAUAGUAGCACUACUAAAGCUUUACUAGAUGCCGCAAAUAAAAUUUGCCAUGAAGUUUCUGGCUCAGUUAAAUAUGCACCAACUUAUAUUUGGUAUUCGGUUUUGACGCAGUUACUAUCACGUCUUCUUCAUACUCAUAGCUUAUCAUGUAAAGCCAUUCUCCAUGUUAUUAUAAGCCUAACUUUUGAAUACCCGUUGCACCUUUUCUGGUAUGUUACACCAUUAUUGGAAUCGGCAUCACCACUAAGAGUGAAAAGAGGCGAAGAACUAGCUAAUGAAUAUAUGAGUUAUUCGCCCUCUCUAAAAAAUAUUGGACAGCCAAGAAAGUUGUUUACUGCUGCUAAGGAAUUGACGAAGUCAUUAAUCAAUGUUUCAAUGACGAAAAUUCAGCGGACAACUCGCUCUGGUUUACGUCUGGAGCAUGACUUUGACUUUAAUAUGAAACUAGCUCCUACCCAAUUAAUUGUACCAGUAAGGAUUAAUUUAGAAUUGCUAUCGCCAACUGAUAGCAUAUCAACUAAAACAUAUACACCAUUUAGCGAAGUCGUCUCAAUAGCAAAGUUUAGGAGUCAAUAUAAAAUAUUUUCGUCACUUAAAAAACCUAAACAAAUAAAUGUACUCGGCUCAAAUGGUAUGACAUAUGGAAUUAUGUGUAAACGAGAAGAUGUUAGACAAGAUAACCAAUAUAUGCAAUUUGCCACUACCAUGAAUUUUUUACUUGAAAGAGACCCUAAUUCUAUGAAAAGAGACCUGGAUAUUACUACAUACUCUGUUUUAUCUCUUCGAGAAGAUUGUGGAUUGUUAGAGAUUGUACCGAAUGUUACUACUUUGCGAGAUAUCUAUAUCAAUAUUUAUAGUAGUAUGAAAGUGGCGUAUUCUAUAAAGAGCUUUUAUUCAAAAGCUAAAGAAAUGACAUCAAAUGAGGAAAGAAUUCAAUUCUUUUUGGAACUUAGAUCCCAAUUCUUCCCUGUGUUAUAUAAGUGGUUUUUAGAUUCAUUCCCUGAUCCCAUUGAUUGGUUUAAGGCCAGAAAUUUAUUUUCUCAGUCGUUAUCAGUAAUGUCAAUGGUAGGCUAUAUGUUAGGUUUAGGUGAUAGGCAUUGUGAAAAUAUUUUAUUGGAUAUUGAAACUGGGAAAGUCCUCCAUGUCGAUUUUGAUUGCUUGUUUGAUAAAGGAAAAAUACUUCCAAUCCCAGAAAUUGUUCCUUUCAGACUAACGGGUAACAUGGUCGAUGCCUUGGGCGUAGUUGGAACAGAAGGUACCUUCAAAAAAUCUAGUGAAGUGACAGUAAAAGUUGUUCGCGAAAAUGAACUAGCUUUAAUGAAUAUAAUUGAAACAAUCAUGUAUGAUAGGCCAGUCCAUGAUAAACUUAGAAAUUGGUCGAUUGUUUUGAGGAACAAAAUACGUGGGUUGGACGCUAGGGAUGGAAUAAUUCUUAGUGUGGCUGCCCAAGUAGAGACUCUAAUACAAGAGGCUACUAGUGAAGAAAAUCUAGGUAUGAUGUAUAUUGGUUGGCUUGCAUUCUGGUAA